CGGGAUAACAGAGGCGCCUGCGCGGCCGUCGGUUAGGGGUGGGCAGGUGUGGAAAACUAGGUUUUCCCUGAGCUGGAGCGGUCCCCACGAGCCUCAGGCUGCAGUCCAGGCCCUGAAUGGCUGGUCUCCAGUUGGCUCCACAUCUGCCUGUGGGCAUUAUGUUCCCACAUAAUAAAACGGAAGCUCCAGGGCUCCACUCGACCAAGCAAGACCCUUAUGAACAAGGUGACUCUUCCCAGCGGUCCUCAGCAGGGCACCUGAGGAACACUUUCCAGCAGAAGGUUUUGAACAGCAGAGAGGUGGAGCUGGAUGAUGUCUGCGCCCAGCCCAAAUGGAACACCUAUCCCCACAGUGCUGAAAUCAGCCAGCAAGCCCCAGGCAGAAAUCCCCAGGGUCAAGGAAAGGGUUUGUUUUAUCCAUCAAGCCCUCAAUCUCGUUACCCCAAAGCAAAUGACCAAGACUUCAUUCCCUUUGCAAAGAAGCGAAUUGGAGUGGAUCGGGCAUACCCACUGAAACCCAUGGUCCAUCGGAAGUCCCGUAGUAUGGGUGAGGCAGGCACUGAUGGGGACCAGAAUGUCUACCCAAGAUCCCCUCAGCCAAGAGAGUUACCAGACAGUAACUUCGGUUUGAGGAGCUGGGCGAAUUCAUCCGUUCUUGCAGCCAUGCAGGUGGAGAAGGCCAUGGCAGACCUCCAUAGGAUGGAGCGGACACAGAUCCAAAGACUAGAAGCUGCAGGAGAGAGCUUACAGAGAGAGAUCCGAAGAAAGGAGAUUCUCCUGAGAGAAAAGCUGAAGAAGACAGAGGCGGGUCUUCGAAGGAUCCAGAGGGAAAAGGAACAGGCCAAGGAAAACGAAGACAGAGGACUACAGAGAAUGGUGCUCGCCAGGAGAGUUAAAGGUAGCAGCAGCCACGGUGCAUACAAACCCGUCUUCUCCCUGGAAUUCAGGUCUGAGCAGGUGCUCAGUGAAGACCAAGGAGAUGAUGACACUUGGGGACAGCCUCAAGAAAGUUCUAGUCCAUUCCAGUUCUCUGAUUAUGGAAUGCAGAGACUCAAAAGGGAAAGGCUAAUGGCAAGCAAUAACAAAAUCCGAGACCGAGCCUCAGGGCCAUUGGCAGAGCAGUUCCCUCAGCCUUCAGAAGAGGUGGGCAGUGCUUUACGGGUUUCUAACCCAAGUUCGAGCCUGUUCAGGACACCCAGCUCCUUGGGGUCCAGCUGCUCUUCAGAAGCAGCAGAGCUGGGCAAGUGCCACCACUGUGGACGCACUUUUCUCUUGCUCAGGCUGGAGAGACACUCCACCGUCUGCGGCCGGAUGCAGAGGUCCAAGAGGAAAGUGUUUGACUCCUCCAGGGCCCGAGCCAAGGGCACAGAACUAGAGCAGUACUUGAACUGGAAAGGGCCAGCCACAGCCAAGGUGGAAGCUCCUACAAAGAGCACCUGGCGGCAGAAGCACGAGUCUUUCAUCCGGACCCUCCGUCAGGCCCGGCAGACACAGCAGGUCAUUGCCAAAGGCGGAAACCCCUCAGACUUGCCUCCCACUCUGCCUGCGGAAAACCCAGACUAUGUUCAGUGCCCUCACUGUAGCCGCCACUUUGCUCCCAAGGUGGCUGAGCGACACGUUCCCAAAUGUAAGACCAUCAAGAACCGUCCUCCACCUCCUAGGAAGCAUGACAGUUGAGCAGAUGGCAGCAGAGACCCCCUCCCAGACCUCCGAAGGCUGUGCUUUUUCUCAGCAGUCCAUGAGAGGAUAAUUUGAGAGAACACAGAAUGUUUCCAGAACCCACAUCUGCCUGCAGAGCUGAAAUCAUCCAUGAGAAAAGGCACUGACAGGUGGCAGGAGACAGAAGGAAGCCCCAGCUUUUCACCAAGUCGCUGCCUCAGCCAGUGUGCCUUACAGAACUCAUGGGUGAAGUCGCUGAAAGGUGACAGGCCCCAUUAAAGCUGUCCUCACAAGCCUCA